GCGCUGAAUUUUGGGAGCAAAGUAUCACUUAUUAGUUAGGGAAUUUCUUUUGCUUGCAAUAUUACACCGAAAUAUUCAUCUAACAAGAAUUUGCAUAUAUAAUGGGAGAUAGCAGUGGUUCUAAUAUGGGGGUAACAUUGACAUAUGCAUACGGGGCCUACUUGCCAUCAGACACACUGGCAACCUGGCCAGUUUGCUACUGGCUUUAUUGUUGUUAAAUUAUCAUAUAUGUGAAGAGUUGAUUGAUUGCUGUAGAGGGAUGUGUAGAAUAGCAAUUCCAUGCUGAGUCAAAAGGGUGAAAAAUUAUGGGGAGGAAGAUUUGUCGAAGGCUUGAAUCCUGUAAUGGAUAUUUUUAAUCGCUCAAUAACCUUUGAUAAACAACUAUGGGAUGUUGAUAUUAAGGGAAGCAUUGCAUAUGCAAAAGCUUUAGAAAAAUGUGGCUUGAUUACUUCUGAAGAAAGUGCUAAAUUAUUUCUAGGAUUAUCACAGAUUUCGGAAGAAUGGGCUUCUAAUUCUUUUAUAAUAAAAGAUGAUGAAGAUAUUCAUUCUGCAAAUGAACGCCGAUUAAAGGAAAUCAUUGGUAAUGAAAUUGGAGGCAAGCUUCAUGUUGGAAGAAGUCGUAAUGAUCAGGUUGCAACUGAUGUUCGUUUGUGGCUUAGAGAACAGUCUACUGUUUUGAAAUCAUUAUUGAUAUCUUUUACUAAAAUUUGUUGUGAGCGUGCUAAAAGUGAGAUAGAUAUAUUGAUGCCUGGCUACACGCAUCUUCAACGUGCCCAAGCUAUACGUUGGAGUCAUUGGCUUCUCAGUUAUGCUUGGUAUUGCCACAAUGAUGUAGAUAAGUUAGAUGAUAUAAUUUCAAGAAUGAAUAUUUGUCCUCUUGGAAGUGGUGCUUUGGCUGGAAACCCAUUUAACAUUGAUCGUGAUUUCUUGGCAAAAGAGCUUGGAUUUUCUGGUUGCACUCCAAAUAGUUUGCUUGCUGUUAGUGAUAGAGAUUUUAUUGCUGAAUUUUUAUUUUGGGGAGCAUUAGUUGCUACACAUUUUAGCAAGUGGGCUGAAGAUUUGCUUCUUUAUAGUACAAAAGAAUUUGGUUUUGUUACCAUUGCAGAUGCUUUUUGUACUGGUAGCAGCCUCAUGCCUCAGAAGAAAAAUGCUGACAGCUUAGAACUUAUAAGGGGUAAAUCUGGAAGACUGAUUGGAAAUUGCAUGGCAAUUCUGGUUGUACUCAAAGGUUUGCCAAGUACUUUUAACAAGGACUUGCAGGAAGACAAGGAACCUUUGUUUGACAGUUAUAAAACUUUAAUUGAAUUAAUACAAGUAGCGUGUGGCACUCUGGAAACAUUAAAGAUCCAUAAAGAAGUAUGCUUUACUGCAUUAUCACCAGACAUGUUUGCUACUGAUGUAGCUUAUUAUUUAGUUCGAAAAGGUGUUGCCUUUAGGGAUGCUCAUAAAAUUGCUGGUGAAGUUGUAGCUUUAGCAGAGAAAGAAAAAUGCACAAUUACUGAACUCUCCUUGUCGCAACUGAAGACACUGAGUGAGCAUUUUGGGGAAGAUAUAUCAUCCUUAUGGAAUUAUGAAGCCAGUGUUCAACAAUACCAAGCUUUUGGAGGUACAGCUAGAGAAAAUGUUGCUAUACAAGUUCAACAAUUGGAACAAUGGAUAUCUGAUUCUGAAACACUGACGACUCAAGUUUGAAUAUUGCCUUUCUCUGUAUGAAGAAAGUUUUUAAUUGCCUUAUGCUAUAGAUUUUAUUAAAAAAUUUUGUACUUUUGUUUUAAAAAAUAAAUUGUUUGCAUUAAAUUA